AUGUCUCCGCUCAUACUUCGACCCCAUGCAGCUGCGCUAAUUCGCGAUACCGUCUAUCUCGAUGGCGGAACUAUCUGGUGGAAUCCCGGACUUGCCUCAGGAAAGUUUGGCAAUCUCCAAGGAUACGUCCUGUCAUACAAUCUCUCUGAAUCCUUUACAAAGGGCGCAAAUGUCACCGAAAUCCUUUUAAACAAGCGCAUGUCCAAAGCAAUAGGCGGGACGCAAAGUGGCAUCAGCUCAGAACCAGGCUACGACGAUGGUGGCAUGCUGGCUAACGAUGCCGAAUUCUUUCUUUAUGGGGGAGCCUUGACAAUUGAUACUCUCGCUUCGUACGCCGAGCCUGCCGCAAACGCAGUGCUUGCUUAUCGCAAAUAUGCAUAUGGCCCAGAAAAACCUCUAUGGCAAAGCGGAUUCAACAGUGGGCAUCUGGAUGACGGAGUAACCAGGUAUAUUGCCUACGGAGGGCCAGUUAGUGCACCAUCAGAGAACAAAGCAUGGUAUUUCUCUGGCCUCACGUCUCCAAGCAGAGGGCCAAUUAGUGUUGUGACUAAAGCGAAUAAUACAACACUCGCCAUGAAUCCCUCUAACACGCUUAUUGAGCUGGACAUGACGGACCAGCUUUUCGAGAAGUGGACCAACACAACUCUUCCUGAUAACAUUAAGCCAAGAGCAAACCCCGAAGUCGUCUGGGUACCAGUUGGGAAGCAAGGCAUUCUGGUCGUUUUGGGUGGAGUUGUGUAUCCGGACUGGGCAUCCGGAGUAUUCGAAUCAGCGAAUGAGACAGAGAGUAAGAAGCUUAAAAGCCCAGAAUUUAUGCGUACGAUCGACAUUUACGACAUUGCCAACAAAAAAUGGUACCAACAGCCAACAGAGGGUGGUCCAGGGGCAAGGACGCGAGGUUGUGCCGUCGUAGCGCCAGCAUCAGACACGUCUAGCUUCAACAUAUACUAUUACGGUGGUUAUGACGGAAUACACCCAAAGAACGAUUUCUCUGAUGAGGUUUGGGUUCUGUCACUACCGUCAUUCUCUUGGACCUUACUAAACAAGGGAGUUCCCGUCCACGGUCGCUCGGGACACAAGUGUUUCAAGCCAUAUCCAGACCAAAUGAUGGUUUUCGGAGGAUACACACCUAAGAGUGGAUCGUCAUUCUCAUGUCUAGAUCAGGGUCCUGUGGUUGUUUUCAACUUGACUAGUGGGAAAUGGCUGGACGGUUACUCACCAACAAAAUAUAGCAAUUACGGUGUACACGAAAAGAUCAUUGCUGCUGUAGGCGGAACCAUAUCUGGAGGAGCAACUGUCUCAUCGCCUGUGCCCUCAGGGUGGGCUUCAAAAGAGCUAGGGGCUGUCUUCUCAGUAGCAUAUGACACGAAAAAGCUCAAACAAUACUGGCCGUAUGACUCCGUGUCAUCGCCGCCGCCGCCACCUGGUGCUACAACAUCUCCUCCAGAGCAGCCUGUCUUUCAGCCCGAUAACCACUUGCUUCAAAUCAUUCUUCCCGCAGUUCUUGUGCCCAUCAUUAUCUCCAUCGGACUUGGUAUAGCAUUGUGGUAUUGCUGUGCCAGGAGAAAGAAAUCUACCGCUGUUUCAUCAACGGACUCGACGGCGGAUGAGAGCGGGUUGAAUAUCAUGACGUGGGUGGUUAGAGGACCCGGAGCGGCCAAAAGAUCGAUGAUGACGGAAUCCCCCCAAAAGCCUGAAACCGGAACUUCUCCCGAUCUCGAAGAGAAUUCCACCUUCGAGCCGAUGGCGACGGAUAAAGCAGGUACCGUACCCCAGGAGAUGGAAGACACUCAAGUAUCUAAGUUGUGCGAUACAUCUUCACCUGCAGAGCUACACGACACUGGGUUCACACCAAUGAGCACAUUCCAAAAACAAUUUGGUCCCUACGGUUUCGAAGGGAUCUCUUCCCAGUACAAUGUACAAUCGGGACUGGGGAGCCCGAGUGCCGCUUCCAAUACGCACGACGGCGAGAGGGAAUGGACUGAGUCGCCUUUGCUGGGCACAUGGUCUCAAUCCCCUCCGAGAUUGGAAAUACCUAACCUCUCCAGCGCUUCUGAUCCUUCCAAAAAUCAAGACCCUCCAAUGGUCUCUCCUGAAGAGCGCUCUCGGCCCGACAUGCCCGUGUCUCCAACCUCAGCAAAUGAGAGGUUUGGUGGCGAUUAUAUGUCUGCAACGGCGAUAAUGAGCCCCCUGGAUCGGACUAUGUCUGGAGAGUCUGAAGACGGACAUUUUCCCAGCCAGUGCUGA